GAUCCAAGCCAAGACCAGGGAGCUGAGGGAGCGUCAAGCCCGGGAGCGGGACUACGCCGAGAUUCUGGACAUUAGUCGUACCCCCGAGAGGUCCUCCGAGGAGGACCACCUGUACUCGGGCGUGAACCCCCUGAACAGCUCCGUGGACAGCGGCCACAGCCGGCCACACAGCCCCCGGGACGAUUACCCCCACACCCACCACCAGCAUCAGCACUCCGACAGCCUCUACACCCAGAUCAGCAAAGUUCGCAACGAUCGGCCUCCGUCUACGGACAGUAACCGACUGACCCCCAGCAACCAUGACCGGAUACAGAGGCUGAGGCAGGAGUUCCAGCAGGCCCAGAACGUCCCGGAAGACCCGGAUGACCGCCGGAGGACCUACAGCUUCGAGCAGACCUGGUCGAACACAAACAGCAACGGUCCGGGCGGCUACAGCCAGCCGGGUCGCCACUCGGUGUCCGUGGAGGUGCAGAUGCAGCGACAGAGGCAAGAGGAGAGGGACUCGUUCGCCCAGGCGCAGCGGCAGUACAGCUCCCUGCCACGACAACCCAGGAAGAACCCCAGCACAGUCUCUCAGGACUCCUGGGACAAGGUGUACCCACCAGGCGAGGUCUUCCAGACCGCCAAGGACAACCCCAGGUACUCCAGCUACCAGGGCUCCAGAAACGGCUACCCGGGCGGUGGCGGGGUCAACGCCAGAGUCCUCCUGGAGGCCCAGGAGCUCCUGAGGCAGGAGCAGCGCCGCCGGGAGCAGGAAGCCAAAGGAAAGUUGAUGCAAGAGGGCGGAGCCAACAGCAGCUACGAGGGGUACGCCGCGCACCCGAAGGACCCGGCGUCCCCGAAGGGUCCGUACCGCCACGACGUCCCGCCGUCGCCUUCGCAGUUAGCWAGGCUCAACAGGCUGGGGUCGGAAAAAGGACGACUUUUUUACUCUUGAGGAUUAUUCCUCGACUGAAGGAUGAAUGUAGAGAGCGACGGCGAGGGAGAACGCCAUGAACCUGAACGAAGGACGGCUUUAGAGAUCUUGUUGAUCCUCCUCCUCGCUGUUCUCCUAUCCCGGGUGUCCCCCCGCCCUCCAACCACGAGACGCUCAGUGCCUUCUCUGUAUUCACGAACARGGAGCUCCUCGAGAACCCCGYCACCUCUACGGACCGACAAUCAAARGGGAAAACYGGCGAGGGAGUGGGCGUGAGUUUCUGCGUGGGCGCGUGACGAGGUUCUCGUCUCCCGACCACCCGUCCCACCUGUCGCCAACGCUCGGCUCGUUCUCUGAAAAUCUGCCCCUCUUUCCUCCUGAGGGAGCGCAGGAUCCACGGCGAAGUGUGGGAAGUAAAGCAGGCCACAGUGUGUGUUAUUAAUACAAGCCCCGCCCCCUUCAUGAAUGAUUCAUGUUGUGUUUUCGUGGUGGAGGAGGCUCGGACAGCUCUGAUCUUCUGCAUGGCUCUCCUUUUCCUUUUUUUUUUUUUGUUCUCCUUUCUUCUACCUCAACACCUCCCCUCUCACCCCUCCUCUUUCACUCACUUCUUCUCCUCCCUCCUCCUCCUCCUCGUCUCCCGAGUCGAGCUCUGCACUGAAUUUUUCAUCAGAAGCCACCUGCUGCCUGCRAGAGCCAAAGCACGCUGCCACCAGAGGCGCCGACACAGGGCCCAGCUCCUGAC